GGCGGUCAUAGGUUGGCUCAUAUUUUUCAACGGAUCGUCUCAAAAAAGUUUGUCGUUUUGCAAGAUCUUGAGGUGUUAGCUUCUGAGAAGGCAAGGAAACAUUCAUCGAUUCUAUAGAAAGAUGUCAGAAAACGCUAACAUCCCCGCUGAACCAACACCUACAGAGCCCGAUCUGGUGCCCCCUGCUGAAGAAGCUGCACCCAUUCUCCAAGUCGAGCCUGCCAUUUCAGAAGAAGCUCCUGUCCCUGAAGACGAUUCCACUCCACAACUCCUGGCAGCAGUCGAGCCCGAGCAGACCCUUGACCUCAUUCCAGAGGCCCAAGUCGAAAGCGUCCCAGUCCUUCAACCGGAAUCAGUGCCGGAAAUCCCAGCAGAGGCGAUCCAGAAUGCAGCGGAGCUAGCCCAGACUGUGACUUCAGAGAAUGUUCUCCAGAUCGCCCUUGAGGCGGUCCAAGCCGUCGCGGAAGCUGUACCCACAGAGGGCAUUCCGGAGCAAGUUGCCCAGCUCGCCCCGCAAGAAGCAGCCGAACCGACGGUCGAGCAAGUGAUGUAUCCAGUCGCCGAUCAGAUUAUUCCCGUUGAGAUCAUCAAUGCUCCACAAGAGCAGCAAGAGGGAGAGCAAGUCGCUGAACCCGUCCUGGAGGCCGUCCUGGAACCCGUCAUGGAAUCUGCCCUGGAACCUGCCAUGGAACCUGUCCUGGAAACCGCCCUGGAACCCGCCUUGAACGAGGUGGCUCCUGAGCCCCAGGUCGAACAGACCCUAGCUGCCAUGCCAACUCUAGAGCCGCCAUCCACUGUGCAACCCUACAAUCCUCAACACACCGCCCCGGCCAUCUCUCCACCCAAGAUCACAUCCUACACGGCUGUUCACACGACGACCGGCAUCAUGCGUUACACGCCAGGGAUAAUGUCUGCCCUCGCUGGCAAGUAUUCCAACAGCAGUCAGUUAGUGGAGCAGCUGGUACUCAACUGCGCUGGGUGUAUCUCCCUGUCGGAUAUCCGCGUUCUGGACAUGUCCAAUCGAAAGAUCAUGAACCUUGACCCCGCUGUGUUUUCCCGGAUGCCGGAGCUGGAAGAACUGGACAUUUCCUUCAAUAAAAUAAAGGGUUUUCCAACGCAGCUUGGCCUGAGGAAGCUGAGAUACCUGAACCUCAAGAAGAACUCCCUCAAGAGUGUCUUGACACUGGAGCAGUUCCCCAACCUGGAGGAACUCAAUAUUGACGAGAAUGACCUGAACCCCCCUGAUCAGUACAUAGCUGUGUACUUGCUGCCCAAGCUGAAGAAACUCAAUGGUAAAGAUGUGGACAUCCGGGACACCAUUCAGACAAUGGAGGACACCCUAAGGUCAAAGAUGUUGAAGAUCUGGGAGGAGGAGUAUGCUGCUCGGAAUGAGAUGCCCCUCAACAAGGCCGAGACGAGAUCACUGGAGACAGAGUUUGUUGAACGCCUCAAGGAAUCCAUCCAGUACGGACCAGGCUCCCUGGUGGAAUUCACUCAUCACAUGCUGUCGGUACUUGCGGAGAAGCACGUAACCACGCAGACUGCCUACUGGCGCAAGACGGUUCCCGAACUCAUCUCCACCUCAAAUCAGAGCCCGUCCGCCAGCAAGAUCAGCAUCAAACUGCCCAUUAAAGCCGAGUCCCCGACGCCCGACGACGCGGAGAAGCCACAGGGAACUUCAAACUCUCUCGCAGCGAGCUUAGAGGCGGCCGUCAAGGAAUCAGACGCAGAGUUGGCUGGCGAUGCCGGCGAGGAGACCCCCAUGAAUGAAAAUGAUGCUCCAGACGCACCAGCCGACACCCCUGCAACACCAAAGCAAAAUUCCCCCGCCCAGGCCGUGACUAAAUCUCCAAGGAAGAUAACUGUGGUUGCCGCGGGGAGUAAAAGUCCCGCAAAGACCCCGACGAAAGCCACAACGUUGAAGAGGGCUGCGGCGUCUGAAACCAAUGCUACGAACGGAGACGAACCAAAUGCGAAGAAGGCUAAAGAAGGUGACGAGGAGGAGGCGGUAGUUAAGAAAAAGAGGGGCAGGCCGAUCGGUUCGGGAGGCAAGUACACCAAGAAAGACCCAGGCAAGCCCAAGGCCAUCAAGACGGAGCCUAAAUCAGAGUCUAGAGUCAGGGCGGCCGCUGCUAAGCUAGCGGCUAGUGUUACAAGUGUUAGUAGUGAUGACAAGAAAGAGAAGAAAGUGUCGAGUGGAUACGAGGUGAUUCACAUGCUCCGAUGCCACUCCAUGGAGAAUGACCCGACUGAUGCCAAGACCAACGUCUGGAAAUGUGCAUUCGAGCCUAGCUUAGAGAAACCAGGUACAAGUAAGUGGACGGUAGCCUCUUGCGGAGGCAACACGGUGUGUGUCAUUGACUGCAGUACGGGGAAAGUGCUCAAGAAAUACCAGCAUGCUAAAGACAAGGAGGAGUUCUACUGCGUUGCAUGGACCACCAUCCCAAUGGAAGCAGACGAGGAGGGAGCUGAGAAAUGUAACAUCCUGGCCGUAGCGGGCACCAGGGGCAGCGUCAAGCUCCUACACACCAGCCAGCUACUCUGCUACUCAGAGAUCAAGGGAGACAGGCGUCCGAGACCCAUCAAUUCACUGCUGUUCCAUCCGGUUAACUCGACCUGGCUCAUGUGUGGGUCAGAAGACAUCAUCAUCUGGGACAUUGGAAUUCCAGAGGGGCCAGACUAUAAAUGCAAAACAAAAAAGAUGUAUCACCUGGCCGCCCCCGGUCGUGUGCUCGGCCUCGUUGCCUUGCCGUCAACUGACUUCAUACUGGCAGGAUGUGAAAACGGUUGCUACGGAUGGAGGAUAGAUAAUAAACAACCCUUCGGCAAGAAGGGAAGAGCACACAGCGUGGAGUUUCUUCUGCCGAGUAAAGCGCGUCUCGCUGAAGCCAUCAAGGGUGAUGAAGAGGAGGAGGAAGGGGAGGGUGAUAUGAUAGAUGGACUGGCUCUACUCAACGAUAAACUAGUCGCCAGUAAAGUCGCGUGUGACGGAGCGAUUCAUGUAUGGAACCUCGUUGAUGCGCACAAGAAGAAACCAGUCAACAAAGAAGUAGCUGUUACACCUCAAUGCACACUGAAAUGGUGCGACUCGGACAGUGUGUAUCUAGAUAUCGGAACAUGGCAAGGUUGUGGUACGAUGGUGAGUGGUGACGAUGAAGGCAAGAUAUGGGUGUAUGACACUUCAAAACUACCCAUCGCUCCAGUCAAAACACCCACAACUAGAAAACCAACACAUCUACUUUACUGGCCGGAUGAGCAACCCAAUGACAGUUCAUCGACCUCGUCAAACGACCACAUCAUCAUCAACGAUGUCGCGAUCAGUUCAGAUUGUAAAUACAUUGUAUCAGUCACAAACAGAAAUGUUAUAUGCAUUUGGAGAAAACUUUAGUCUUUCAUGUUCCCCCGCCCUCCCCCCC